UUGCGUUUUGGGGUGGUUUUUUUUUUUUUAACAUAGAUAUGGAUGCUUGCGAUGCCAAGUGUGGGGCAAAGGAGGCAAGGACUUCCCUAGAAAUGCAGUGAUGCACUUGCAAAGAGCACGUGUGUCCUUUAUUUGGAAUGUGCUAGUUUCUAGCGAUUUUACCGUCCGCGAUAGUGCAGCCGUCCCGCAAAAACUGUAAAAAAGACCAGAUGCCUCGCCAACUGCAAUUUAUUGAUCUGUUCCCUGCCGGGUGACCAAAUGGUAGAUUGCAGUAUCUGUGGGAUGGAUACAUACGAAAUUUAACUUUUUUAAAAUUAAUUCAAUUCUACUGGGCCGGGGUGAGAGAGUUAAAAAAAAAAAAAAGUUUCCUUGAAACAUUUGGGUAUGUAAUGAGACUUCCACUGACGAUACUGUGUUGAGCACAGAGAAUUAUGUAUUAAAACAAAGCCUUGUUACCACGGGGCACGAGACAACACUCCGUGUGCCAUAAAGUCUACCAACUUAGCGCGUUUUUUGUUUCCAGCAUCGUUCAGUUCCGCAGCCGGAAUGCCGCCCAUCAACGUGUCGUUUGCGGCCUGCGGGUUUCUGGGCAUGUACCACUUGGGGGCAGCAUCUGCACUUUGUAGACACGGCAAAAAGCUCCUGAAGGAUGUCAGGGCCUUUGCAGGGGCUUCUGCGGGAUCCUUGGUGGCCACUGUCCUGCUAACAGCACCAGACAAGCUAGAGGAAUGUAACGAAUUUACCUACAAGUUUGCCGAAGAAAUCCGAAGGCAGCCUUUUGGGGCAGUAACACCCGGCUAUGAUUUCAUGGCCCGAUUGAGAAGCGGAAUGGAGCUGAUUCUCCCUCCCAACGCUCAUGAGUUGGCCCACAACCGACUGCACGUAUCUAUCACCAGCACCAACACCAGAGAAAAUUACCUGGUCUCCAGUUUUCCCUCCAGGGAGGACCUCUUUAAGGUUCUGCUGGCCAGCAGCUUCGUGCCCAUUUAUGCAGGACUGAAACCAGUGGAAUACAAGGGGCAGAAGUGGGUAGAUGGAGGCCUCACGAACAGCCUUCCCAUCCUGCCCGUGGGCCGGACGGUGACGAUCUCACCCUUCAGUGGACGACUGGACAUCUCCCCACAGAACAAAGGGCAGCUGGAUCUCUACGUCAGUAUCGCCAAUCAGGACAUAACGUUGUCCGUGGCAAACUUGGUGAGGCUUAACCAAGCCCUUUUCCCUCCAAGCAAGAGUAAGAUGGAAUCCCUCUAUCAACAUGGGUUUGAUGACACCGUUAAGUUUUUACUCAAAGAAAAUUGGUUUGAAUAGAAUGCUUACAAGUUGAUAAUGUAAAACAGACUUCAUACUUUUUUUUUUUUCAUUUCUGCCCACAUAGUUGUUGAUGGAGGUUUCUAAUUAAAUCAU